GGAGCUUCUGGGUCGAUUCGCUGUGUCCGUUGAGCUUCUAUGCAACAUGUCUGAUGCCAAAAAGAAGUGUGUAGACGCUCCUCCUGAGGUUAAAUACACCAAGAUCUUGAUUAACAACGAAUGGAGAGACUCGGUCAGCGGCAAGACGUUUCCGACCGUGGACCCGUGCACCGGGGCGAAGAUAUGUGACGUUGCUGAAGGCGACAAGGCUGACGUCGACCUUGCCGUUGCUGCUGCAAAGAAGGCCUUUGCUCUUGGAAGUGACUGGAGACGAAUGGAUGCUUCCAAACGAGGACGGCUGUUGAACAAACUUGCUGAUUUGAUUGAACGUGACCGAGAAUAUUUGGCGAAACUGGAGACCUUGGACAAUGGCAAACCGUACUCAGACUCCUAUAAUGCUGAUCUUGAUUUGACCAUCAAAUGCUACAGGUACUAUGCAGGCUUUUCAGACAAAAUCCAAGGCAAGACCAUUCCCGUUGAUGGAGAUUUCUUUACAUACACACGUCAUGAGCCAGUCGGAAUAGUUGGACAAAUAAUUCCUUGGAACUUCCCUCUUCUGAUGCAGGCUUGGAAGCUCGGACCUGCGCUCACUUGUGGCAAUGUUGUAAUUUUGAAACCAGCUGAACAGACCCCACUGACUGCCUUGUAUGUUGGGUCUUUACUUAUUGAAGCUGGAUUUCCUGCCGGUGUUGUUAAUAUUAUUCCUGGAUACGGUCCAACUGCGGGAGCUGCCAUCUCCGAGCAUAUGGAGAUCGACAAGGUUGCCUUUACUGGAUCGACAGAAGUUGGUCAUAUCAUCAUGCAGGCUGCAGGCAAAUCGAACAUAAAGAACAUUACCCUGGAAAUGGGAGGAAAGAGUCCCAACAUUGUCUUUGCCGAUGCUGACUUGGACUAUGCUGUCGAGCAAGCCCACUUUGCUCUCUUCUUCAACCAAGGCCAGUGCUGCUGUGCUGGAUCAAGAUGCUUUGUAGAAGAAUCAAUAUACGACGAGUUUGUCAAGAAGAGUGUUGCCAGGGCAAAGAAACGUAAAGUUGGUGAUCCUCUUGAUCCCAGCGUUGAACAGGGUCCACAAGUUGACAAGGAGCAGUUCGAUAAAAUUCUUGGCCUUAUUGAGUCUGGCAAGCAGGAGGGAGCCAAACUGGAAUGUGGUGGCAAUCGCCACGGUGAUAAGGGUUUCUUUGUAGAACCGACCGUGUUUUCUGCAGUAAAGGAUAACAUGCGAAUCGCCCAAGAAGAGAUUUUCGGGCCGGUGAUGCAAAUUCUCAAGUUUAAAGACAUCAACGAAGUCAUCGAACGUGCCAAUACAACCAGUUACGGUCUGGCUGCAGCUGUCUACACUCGUGACAUCGACAAGGCCCUGACGAUUGCAAACAGUGUUCGUGCUGGAACCGUUUGGGUCAAUUGCUAUGACAUCUUCUGUGCUCAGGCACCAUUUGGAGGCUUUAGAAUGUCUGGCUCUGGCCGUGAGCUUGGUGAGUAUGGUCUCCAGCAGUACAGCGAAGUAAAAUGCGUGACCAUCAAACUUACCCAGAAAAACUCCUAGAAUUGUCGCCUCCAAUGAUGCCAGUGUGACUUUUGGGCAGGACUUUUAUGUGUUUUGUUUGUGAUUUUAUUCCUGUCACGCGCAAUCGCUUGUGUGUUGCAAUCAGAUGAUUCAUUAGACAAAAGUAGAAAGGCACUAGGAUCACGUGCCACGAUGA